GCCUGGGAGAGGACAAAUGUGUCACAUGACAGGGAAGCUCUAGUGGUCACCUGAUAUGUACUACACUACCCAGCAUGCUUUGAUUCCUCAUUUCAUUCCCAGAUAUCACACGGAUUAUAACAAGAUCAUUCAGCUGAUGACUGGAGAGGGCGGGGAGUAUAUAGAGGAACACAGGGGUCUGUACAAGGACGUGAUGAUGGAGAAUCACCGGACCCUCACAUCACUGGAUGGGCCCAGUAACAGAGAUACCCCAGAGAGAUGUCCCCGUCCUCUGUAUUCCCAGGAUUGUACAGAGGAGAAUCACAGGAUCCCACAGGAGGAUCAGGGUGAAGAAAUGACUGAUAUUAAGGUAGAAGAUAUAGAGGGAGAAGAAGAGACGUAUGUAACUGGUAUUAAGGCUGAAGAUAUGGAGGGAGAAGAAGAGACGUAUGUGACUGUUAUAAAGGUAGAAGAUAUAGAGGGAGAAGAGGAGACGUAUGUGACUGAUAUGAAGGCAGAAGACACAAAGGGAGAAGAAGAGACGUAUGUGAGGGGUGAUCAGCAAUGUAAGGAGGAGGAGACCCCUACAGAUAUUAGCACAGAUGGACGCAAUACAAGAAAUACCUCUGAGGAACGUCUUGAUUGUAAAUUAGAAGAUAAGAACAUCACACGAGGUUCUCCAGAAGAAAAUUGCAUUACCCUAAAUAUACAUCCAGUACCUCACAGUGCAGAUAUAUCAUCUGAUCCCUCUGUUCCUGAGGAAUGUUCUCCUGGUAACUCACAUAUUGCUGCACAUAGUACAGACCAUAGCUCUGAUACAGUCAGUUCCUCUUCUGUGCGGGGGAAAUGUUUUACACAUAAACUAUCACGUGACACAAGUCACACAGAUGAGAGGCUAUUUCCAUGUUCUGAGUGUGAAAAAUGUUUUACACAGAAAACAUAUCUUCAUAAAUAUAAAAAAACUCACACAGGUGAGAGUCCAUAUCAAUGUUCUGAGUGUGAGAAAUGUUUUACACGGAAAUCAAGUCUUGUUAAACACAAUAGAAUUCACACAGGUGAGAAACCAUUUCCAUGUUCUGAGUGUGGGAAAUUUUUUAUACAGAAAUCAUAUCUUGUUGAACAUCAAAGAAUUCACACAGGUGAGAAGCCAUAUUCAUGCUCUUUGUGUGGGAAAUGUUUUACACAGAAACCACAUCUUGUUACACAUGAGAGAAGUCACACAGGUGAAAGGCCAUUUUCAUGCUCUGAGUGUGGGAAAUGUUUUAUGCAGAAAUCUCAACUUGUAAGACACUAUAAAUGCCACACAGGUGAUAAACCAUUUUCAUGUUUUGAGUGUGGGAAAUGUUUUAUACAGAAAUCAUAUCUUGUUGAACAUCAAAAAAUUCACACAGGUGAGAAGCCAUUUUCAUGCUCUGAGUGUGGGAAAUGUUUUACACAGAAAGCACAUCUUGUUAUACAUGAGAGAAGUCACACAGGUGAGAAACCAUUUCCAUGUUCUGAAUGUGGGAAAUGUUUUACUCUUAAAUCAGUUCUUGUAUCACAUGAGAGAAGCCACAGAGGUGAGAGGCCGUUUUCAUGUUCUGAGUGUGGGAAACGUUUUAUAAGGAAAUCAUAUCUUGUUACACAUCAGAGAAGUCACACGGGGGAGAAACCAUUUCCAUGUUCUGAGUGUGGGAAAUGUUUUACACGGAAAUCAGCUCUAACUAUACAUCAGAGAAGUCACACAGGUGAGAUGCCAUUUUCAUGCUCUGAAUGUGGGAAAUGUUUUAUAAGGAAAUCAUAUCUUGUUUCACAUCUGAUAAGUCACACGGGGGAGAAACCAUUUCCAUGUUCUGAGUGUGGGAAAUGGUUUGCACGUAAAUCAGCUCUAACUGUACAUCAGAGAAGUCACAUAGAUGAGAACCCGUGUAAGACAUCAGAGAGUCAUAGAUGAAUUUCCUGUAGCUGGUAGACAUGAAACUGUUGAAUUCACUUUUUAUAUAUUAGAAAACUGAUAACAUUUUGUGUAUAGCACCUUUCUCCCAAUAGAAUUGACAGCACGUUACAUAUUAGUGUAAAGUAAGGCAGCCAUCUUGAUUGUGCACAGUUGCUAUUCUAACUAAUCAGUCACAUUGGUCUAUGCCACACUGGAGCUUGCAAUCUAAUUCCAUAUCACACAGGUUCCAUUUUUGUCAGAAAACAAUUGACCAGUCUGUUCUUGAACUUUGUGGGAGGAAACCACAGUAACCAAUUGAAACCCCACACAAGCAGGGAGAGAACAUAUAUAUGCACACAGCUAGGACCCAGCACAGUGAGGGAAGUCUAACCAUUAAGCUACCAUGCAUUGUAAAAGUAUAGUUAUGCUUAUUAUCUGUUUAUCUUAUCAAAUGUAUGAAGUGUUAGUAAAGGGGUACAUGUAUCACUGAGCGAUGGGGGCAAUUCAAAGUACCAGACACAGGGUAUUACUAUGUUAUGAUAUUACUAGCCACAGAUAUGUGACAUGAGACUGGGACAGAACGCUCAUGUGUGAGACUUACUGCAGUUUCCUUAUUCUAUUAUACACUCAUGCCAGAAAUAAUGAGACACCCAUCUGGUAACAUGUUGGAUUACAGCAGCAACACAAUGGGUCAUGGACUCCACUAGCUCUCUGUAGUAUUGUGUAGAUACUGUGCACCAUACCUCCUGAGUAAUGUUCUGCAAUACCCUAAUACUCACUGGUGAUGGAGCCCUGUAUCCUACAUGUGUUCUAUUGCGUACAGAUCAGGAGAAUGAGGAGGACAACUCAGAGAAAUGGUCCUCCAGCCAUAGGUCAUGGACCCCACAAGUUCUCUGAAGUACUGUGUAGAUACUGUACACCAUGCCUCCUGAGUAAUGGUAGUAAUGGUCUGCAAUUCUCUAAUACUCACUGGUGACGGAGCCCUGCAUCCUACAUGUGUUCUAUUGUGUACAGAUCAGGAGAAUGAGGAGGACAACUCAUGAUGGCGAACUCAGGGAAAUGCUCCUCCAGCCAUAAUCUUGUGGCUACUGACCCAUCUAGUGGAGCAUUGUUCUCCUGAAAAGAGACCGCACCUAUCUGAGUGACUGCAUGACAUGAAUGGGUGUAACUGAUACACAUGACAGAUUACAUUGCGUCCGCCGGUCAGUGAUGUCUGCAGAUGUAUGAGGUGUCCUAUAAAUCAAUAGCGGUGUGGAGUUUACAUCUUCUCCCCAUGCAUGUGUAGGGUGCUCUGGUUUCCUCCCACAAUCUAAAAAGAUACUGGAAGGUUAACGGUCUCUCAACAAAAAAUUGUAACCAUAACAUGUAUGUGUUUGUACAUAUAGAUUGUAAGCUCCACUGGGGCAAGGACUAGUGUCAGUGGACAUGUAGUCUCUGUAUAAAUAACUGGUAAUAAAUAAAUUACCCCACACCAUAA